CUGGCGCGGCCGCGUGACACAGCGAACCACAUUGCACAUUUCGGUGCAUGUUCUCUGCACACCGUUAAGUUUUCUCUUAUUUUCUCUUUUUCUCUUUGUUUGUGCUCUUAUUCCCGUCGCUCGAUUAGUUGAACGAAGGACCGGGGGUUAACGUCGUUGCAGCGCAGUAAACUUUGCAAGGAGCGAAUAAACGGAGAGCACCAUUGUGGUUGAUUUCUAGCUACUUCGCUCAACUAUAAUGCCUCGAAAGCUGGCACACAUCACGACGGGAAUCAAAGACAUUGACCUUGUUAUUGAAGCAAAAACGAAGGGAUGGCAAAUGCUUCUUGACAUUGCGCUUGCAGUAGGGAUGCAGCAGACUUUUCACACCCUCUGGUUCGGAGUCCAGUACGUGAACAAGAAAGGUCAACGAAAAUGGAUUAAGGAUAAUCGCUACGUACUUGAUCACCGUCUGGACACGAGGAGAAAGCCUCUGCAGUUUUCCCUGAGAGUCAAGGUUUUUCCCAAGAAUUUCUCCGUGAUUGAUGAUGAUAUUGCACAGGUCCUAAUAUAUAAGCAGCUGCGAGAACACAUUGAGCAGGAAGAACUAAAUUGUCUACCGGAUAAGACCCAGGAUCUCGCCAAACUGGCUGAGGAGGAUAAAAUUCAAGAAUAUAUGAAGACAGCUCAAGGUCUCGAGCAAUAUGGGAAAAAGUAUUUUAAGUUGACCUCGGAAACUGGCGCACGUGUUGACAUCACUUUAAGUCAUUCGGGAAUCACGGUUAACUGCAGAGACGAGAGCUCCACUAUCCCCUUCAAAGAGCUCCAAGACGUGAAAGCCGCCAAUAAGAGAACGGUCUGCAUUACCAAGGCAGGGCACGCGUCGAAACCGUUAAAAUACAAGAGCGAAACACCCAGGUACUGCAAAGAGGUUGUUGAGGCGGCAAUGAGCUAUUUGGAGGUGUUCAGAGAGACAGGUUAUGGUGAUGGGGAGUCUGUCUCGAAGGAGGAUGAGGUGGUGUCUUCCCCUGAUAGUGUGGCUGAUGGUGAGGCGAUGGUGAAGGAGAACUCACCUCAGGGUCAGGGCGAAGUGGCUGUGGCAUUGAAAGACGACAGUAAGCCGUCAGAUGACCCCGUGGAUGACGCUGAAAAGGAGAAAGAAAAAUAAGAUGGUAGCAUUGUAAACGAGAGGAUGGCAAAUAAUUAUAUAACCCAAAAUAUAAGAAAUCAUUAACCGGAUUUAAAAUAUUAUAUUAUUUGACUGACAGACUUAAGGAGCAUUAUAUGAGGCUAAAAAGACAGUAAACUGAAGACAAUUGAAGUUACCACGACACUUUAGAAUAAAAAAGAAUAUGAUUGAUGAUCAUACGGCUCAAAAAGAAAAAAAAGAAAAUCAACCUUUUGUGUGGGUUUAUAACCAUUGUUAGAAAAAUAAAUACUAUGUCGGUCAAACCAUAAUCUGGUCCUUUGUUAGGAAAUAUUUUGUCAAGAGAUUGCCGCACGAAAGAAUCAUCUAAAUACUCACUUCAUAAGAUUCUAAUAAUAUAAAGGUUGAGAUAUUUGGCUCUAAACUGAAUGAACGUACAUGUGAAAUGUUAUUGCAAAUAAAAGGAAAGACUAUUA